AUGUUCUUUUUAAAGAAAUACUUUCUCGAGCUAUGCCUCUUCAAAUCCGAUACAUCUGGCCAUGAAGUCGAAGAUUGUCAAAAACGUCGAUUGAACAUCAUAGCAACCCGGAUCUAUCUUUUUCUUAUCAUAUCGCUUCUUUUUGCAAUUGGUCUUACGCUAUCUUUGAUCAAUAAUAAUACAUUGGUAAUCAUCAAAAAUCCCUCUCGAGAGCAAUUUGAUGCUCUGCCAAGUGGUAAGCAAUGUCAAUGUUCUCAGAUAUCUCUUCCGUAUGGAAAGUUCAUGUCACUUAACGUCACUUAUCAUCAAGUUUGUUCGAGUGAUUUUGUUUCUGAUCGAUGGAUAAAUGCUAUUAAUUUUGGAGCGAAUUCAUCUUAUUUCCAUGUGCGCGACUUUCGAGCAAUCGGUAGUGCACAAUUCCAAGCACUCGCUGGCUUUUGCCGUUUGACGAAAUCAAAUAUUGAACAAAGCAUUGAUGUGUUCUCUACAAACGCAUUAUUAAGUCCGUAUGUCCUACCGGAUAUAGCUUUUCAUUCUCAAAUAAACGCCUCGAUCGGUCAAUUUCGCUCAAUAGUACCCAAUACAUUUCGAGCUCAAUUACGAUUAAUCAUUCAAAUAAUAUUGAAUAAUCGACUCAUGUCGGGACUAUUAACGAAUGCUUACUAUAAAUACAUUUCUCACUCGGAUAAAUCUAAUGAGUUCUAUCUCACCCCAAUACGGUACGUACAUAGAGACGGCGUGAUAUGUAGUUGCGAUAUCGAUAUCUGCAAUAAGACAGUGUCGGGCAUUUUCGAUAUCUUUGGAACAUCGAUUUCAACACUAUCUUCUACACGUUUGCACAGGAUACCAGGACAUUCUGCAGGCUGUUUUCCAGUCAACGCCAUUCUUCAAUCGACGCUCGAGUGUUUUUACGAUAAAAUCUGUCUCAGAAAACUCAUGUCAGUUAUUCCGACUCGUGAAAGUUUUCGAGUGAUGGACAGAACCCAACCAAGUCUUUACAGACAGAAUUCAUCAGUGCAAUCUAUUGUUGAUAAACUUAUGGUCGAAGAAUGGAUAACGAAUAUAUCUUAUAGCAAAUAUUACGCUCAAUGUGCGCCGACCUCUUGCGCUUUCUUCAAAGUCUCACGAUACAGUUUAGUAUAUGUUUUAACAAAACUAAUUGGCCUCUUGGCAAGUAUGGUCCUUGUACUUCGAUUCGUCAUUCCGCCUAUCGUUCAAUUCAUCCACAGAUUACGACAUUGUAAACCAACUUUGAGAACUCCGCUUUGUCGUCGUUUGUAUUUACUCACCCUACUGAUUGGAACAAAACUUCUUAGAUUGAAUAUGUUUCGACGCCAUUCGAGCACCAAUCAACAAAUUCGUCAUCAAUGCUAUGCGACUCGGCUGUAUUUCUUAUUAAUUUUCAUCUCGACCGCUAUUUUAGCGUUCUAUACGUUAUUAGACGCAUCCAUUCAUUCGGAAACAGUUCAUUCUCCGACCCAAUUCGAAUAUAUGCAACUUGAACAAGAUCACUUGCAUAGUCUUUCAUGUUCAUGUAAGAAAAUAUCCAUGCCGUAUUCGACAUUCACGACAGUACGAGCUCAAUACCAUCAGUUGUGUUCAAGCGGUUUCAUUUCGAAACAUUGGAUUAGAUAUCUUCAAAGCGCGGUCGACGUGAGAUUUUUUUUAGAUUUUCGCGAUACGGCAGGACCGCAAUUUCAAUCGCUGACAAUAUUCUGUCAACAAGCUGAGCAACUCAUUCAUGAUGCAUCACAAAUAUUUGUCGAAACACAGUUUGUAAGUUCAUAUAUCGUUCCUUCUCAGUCAUUUCAAAUUCAAGUCAACUCAUUUAUUGAUGAUUGGAUAAUAACAACGGUGAAUAACUUUAUGCACACGAUCCAAAUGAUUCGUGCGACAAUUCAAGGCAAUCAACUAUUGAGUGGUCCGCGGAAUGGUCAAAUGAUCUUUGAUUCUUCAAACAAACUCAUCAUAGAACCGAGAAAAUUCGCCAAUUGUUCUUGCCUUCACUCCCCAUCAUGUCGCACAAAUACUGGCCUUUUCAAGUAUAAUGCAACUUUGAAAAAAUUUGUUCAAGUCUACUCCGUUCCUAACUUCUUCACUGGCUGUUAUCCUAUCGAUGCUUUGUUUGCAUCAGCGUUAACAUGUUUCUAUAUGCUAUCAUGUUUGUCGCAAAUUCAUCAGCAUAUCAAUUCAACGAGCAAUUUCACUGUGUCCCCACUUAACGAAAAUCUCAAUAAUCCCAAUGAAACAAUCGAAUCUAUUGUCAGUCGUCUAAUAGUUGAUAAAUGGUUACGGCAUGUUUCAUUUGAUUCAUAUUACAAUGCAUGUUCACCAUCAUCAUGUACGUUCCAAUACGAACGUUAUAAUACGUUUUUAUACGUUGUAUCAACGAUUGUCAGCGUAUUCGGUGGGUUAUCACUUGCACUUAAACUUCUGAUUAUGAUCGGACUUGAAUUAAUGGAAAAAAUAGGAACGAGUAGUAUUUCGUGUGUUUCAGUAUUUCAUUGGCUUAAACAACUAUUCCUUUGUAAGAAUGAACGUGAUGUAAUCCAACGAUUACAUUUCGUUUUAGUAUUUACCACUCUUCUUACGAUUUACCUAUCUUCUGCUUUUCGUCCAACGGUAACGACUGUUAAGGUUGAAAAGCCGUCUAUAUCUAAGUACAAGAACUUACUCGAACAAUAUCACGAUUCGUUUCAAUGCACCUGUUCACGAAGUUCAAUUAAAUAUAAAACGUUUCUAAGUAUUACUGCUCAUUUUCAUCAAUUGUGUUCAAGUCAUUUUGUUUCAUCUCAAUGGAUUGAUUAUUUAUAUGAUCUGCAGCAACCAAUGAAUCGAUUCAAUCAUACUGAUUUCUAUUAUUCCGCUCUUGGACAGUUUCAAAUGCUUAGUUCGUUAUGUAGAUUAUCGAAUGAAACGGUUGAUAUGUUACUUUUACAAUUGGGUGCGAGUAAUUUCAUUAAUCAUCAACUUCUAUCCAAAGUUCUCUUCGACCGACGAAUUCAGAUGAUGGUGAGCGAGUUUCAAUCGACCAUGCCGAAUCUAUUUCUCAACACUCUCACAUUAAUUCGAGAAAUAACGAGAGCAAAUAUGCUGAUUACUAUUUUAUCGACCAAUUGGAAACCGUCUACUCCACCAAAUCUCAUUGUUGAUCAAAUUAUCCGUCCUGAACCAAUGAUUUAUGGCAAUUGUAGCUGUUCAGUCUCAUCAAAGUGUGUCUAUGCAUCCCGUGGAAUGUUAACUGGUUGUUAUCCGCUUGAGACCAUUCUACAGUCAACACUUGCUUGUUUUUAUAAUCAACAAUGUAUUGAUCCAAGCAACAAGUUCAGUGCAAUGAAUCUUUCACUUUCGACAUCAACUCGUUUUUCUCUUGAUUCAACAAUCGAAUCAAUUGUAAAUCAAUUAAUGAUUGAAAAAUUCUACAGUAACGCUUCGUAUGACUCAUAUUUCAAUCAAUGCAAACCAUUACUAUGUACAUAUUCAUAUGUUGAUAAUAGCCACAUUAUCGAAGGAAUUACAACUCUGAUUGGUCUUUAUGGCGGUUUAUUGAUCAUCUGUCGUUUAUUAGCGAUCAUUAUUGUCAAACCAUUUCGAUGUUUGUCAUCACGAGUAGUUCCAGUCAGUGAACAAGUUCAACCCCCAGCAUGA